AUGGUAUUAAAAACCUACCAAGUCACCUUUUGGAUCCUUGCCCUCGAUCAUGACUUGCGACUUGUACGUGGAGAGUUGGCGUAUGUGGCACUCAAAGAUCCUGCAGGCACCAAAGUUGCUAUAUGGGAUCAGCUUUCUAUGGAUGAAGGAGUUCUCAAACUAAACGCGAUACUGGCAACUGGAGCUCACUCUGGAACUUGGCGUAUUGAAGCUAAAUGUGGAGGAGGUACCGCCCGCGUAGACAUCACUGUUGGAACUGGACUAGGUAGUACUGCACCAGCAGCGCCAGCCGCUGAACAACAUUAUGUGGAACUACGCUUCGCUGACAGCAUGAGACGAAGAUAUAAGCCUGGAUUGCCUUUUGUUGGAGUUCUCAAACUAAACGCGAUACUGGCAACUGGAGCUCACUCUGGAACUUGGCGUAUUGAAGCUAAAUGUGGAGGAGGUACCGCCCGCGUAGACAUCACUGUUGGAACUGGACUAGGUAGUACUGCACCAGCAGCGCCAGCCGCUGAACAACAUUAUGUGGAACUACGCUUCGCUGACAGCAUGAGACGAAGAUAUAAGCCUGGAUUGCCUUUUGUUGGUAGGGUUGAAGCAAUGAGCACCGAGAAACGAGUUCGAGUCCGCGUCAAACUGUAUGACGACAAAACCGACAUAUAUAGCCAAGACAUUGACAUGUCGACCGGAGAAGGAGUGUUUAUCGUGCCUACUGUCAUGGCCGAUGCUCCAUACGUCAACUUACAAGUAAGUACAUGUCGAAGUUAA